AAUUAUAUCUGUCUGGCUAUAUAAAAAGAAAAAUAAUUAAAUUGCAUGUAGUUUGGAGUCAGCUUGUAACAAGUUAAGAUGGGUAAAGUGUCGUUUUUGUUGAUUGGAAUCCUCACUAUCGCAGUCUUCAAUGCACCGCAAGUGCAGGCUGUCAUAAAUGACGUGGUUGCAUCCCUGCUUCAGCUAGUAAUCGGCAUUGUGGACACAACUCAAAUGAUCGUUGAGAAUACCUUCAAUAGCUGCAUGAGUACUUUACUGUCACUAAAUGAUGUCCAUAAGAGCCUCUUGUUAACUCUACGAAAGAACCCAAUGAUGAGUGAACCAAACCAUAGAAUGGAUGAGCGACUCCGGGUAGCUCUGACUGAUUUAAAGGCGACCUACACAAGCUCCACCACUGGAAUUUCAGGACUUGUGAAUCAAAUGUCAGGACGAGCAGGCCUUCUCAAAACCAUCGUGGAGGGUAUCCAGAACACAAUGACUGGCUCAAUUACUGAUCUGAAAUUAUUUGCGGACAAAUGUUUGUCGAGUAACCAGGUUGUGUCAAUGUGUAACGAUCUUCUGGUUUGUGCUCAAAGUGCGCAAACCAUCCUCGAUGGAGAACACUCACGUACACAAGAGACUGUAACGGACGUUUUUAGACGCUUCGACAACCUUUCUAGGAGACGGAGCAACUGCAUAUCUUUGCAAUCAUCUAGCGUACCUAAAGCGCUUGAAUGUGUUCGUCAACUAACCAACGACAUGCCAGUUUUGAGUGAAACCAUUGAAAUGAGCUUAAUACCUCAAACAAAUGUCAACACCCUGCUUUCCAGUGUCCUCAAAUGUUCUACAGAAGUUAUGACCAAGAUUGCGACCUUAUGCAAGUGACAGUAUCAUAGUUUUGUUUUUUGUUUUAGCGUUUUUCUAAUUAAAUAAAAUAUGUGAAACAAUAUAUAAUUUCUGAAUCCUAGAUUGUACCUCAA